AUGUCCAGCUACUUUUCUCGGAUGACCUCAUAUCAUCCAUAUCAACCUCUCGAUAUCAAUCUUUCUGGAAAGUAUGUGGAAAAUAGUUUCAGUCCAACCAUCCUCAUUACCACCUUUGGAACAACGUGGGCUUUGGUGCUCGGCGCAACACUUUUUGCGGUGAGGAAAUUUUAUCCUAGACUCAGUAUAAAGGAUCAAGGACUUGUUCUAUGGUUUAUCUUGACGGGGUCAAUUCAUAUAUUCUUUGAAGGAUACUUCGUCUACAAUCAUGCACGAAUGGCAAGCAGGACAGAUUUCUUUGGUCAACUAUGGAAGGAAUAUGCUUUAUCCGAUUCGAGAUAUAUGUCCUCAGAUUCAUUCCUCUUGACCAUAGAGACAUGGACCGUCAUACUCUGGGGACCGCUAUCUUACCUCACAGCCAUAUACAUCACCCAAAAUUCACAAUUUCGACACACCGUACAAGCACUUGUUUCAACGGGGGAACUGUAUGGAAAUUUGCUGUACCUUGGCACUAGUCUACUUGAUGAGUACACCACUGGCAAACGAUACUAUCGACCGGAACCAUUAUACUUUUGGGUAUACUUUGUAUUAAUGAACUCGAUAUGGUUGUUUGUUCCUGGCUUUGCCCUCUACGACAGUGUUAUGGCCUCCGCAAGAUCCUUCGAGUAUUCAGAUCCACCCUAUGCAGCAAAACGCACCAGAAAAGCCAAAGAUGAUGGAGGUAAAAAAGAAAAGGAAUAUCGCAAAGUUCCUGCCUCUCAAGAAUCCGAUACACGGUCGAGAAGGGGAAAGGCUAAAUCAUACAACGACGAUUAUUCGGGCUAG